CCUAAAGCCCGAACGGAGCAAGGUUCCAGUUAAAACGGUAUCAAUUGGAGCGCCAGGCCCUGAGAGAGAUCUGCAAUCGCUGUUCUCGUUGCGUGCCAUUGUCAACAGGGCAACUGUUGUCUCUCGCUAAUGGCGACCAUGGAUGGAGUGGUGCAGAAUCAGCCUCAGCAGCAACAGCCUCUCCUGGCGCCGCAGGUGGUUGUAGCAGAAAGGUUAAACCAGGCGGUACAGCAACAGUUGAACCUGGAGGCUGUGAAGACUCGAGCUACUACUCUAUUUAAAGCCAUCUCUCGGAUCCUUGAAGAUUUUGAUGUCUACGGUCGCACCAAUACGACACCUAAAUGGCAAGACAUAUUGGGGCAAUAUUCUAUGGUGAAUCUCGAGCUUUUCAACAUCGUUGACGAAAUUAAGAAAGUUUCCAAGGCUUUUGUUGUACAUCCUAAGAAUGUUAAUGCAGAGAAUUCUACAAUACUACCAGUUAUGUUGUCCUCAAAACUAUUGCCUGAGAUGGAGGUAGAGGAUAAUUCAAAACGUGACCAGUUGUUACUUGGGAUGCAAAAUAUGCCAAUAUCUACACAGAUUGAGAAGUUAAAGACUAGAAUUGAAAUGAUUGGAGCAGCCUGUGAAAGUGCUGAAAAAAUAUUAGCUGAGACUCGGAAAGCAUAUUGUUUCGGAAUGCGUCAAGGGCCAGCAAUAGCUCCAACUUUAGAUAAGGCUCAAGCUGCAAAAAUUCAGGAGCAAGAGAAUUUACUCCGAGCUGCUGUUAACUUUGGGGAAGGAUUAAGAUUACCUAUUGAUCAACGGCAGAUUACUCCAACACUUCCGAUGCAUUUGGUAGAUGUGCUGAAUGUAGGUGAUGGAGUGCAGAGUUUUAAUGAAACAUCUGGUAUGUAUGCAAAGAAUACUCCUCUAACAUCACAUAAUAUUGGUGGUCCAGGAUCAUUGUUACAGCAGCCUCCUGGAUCACAACUUGUUGGAAGGUCAGCUGCAUCGCCUUCUGGUGCCACAUCCUUUGACAACACAACGCCGCCAUUGCCAUAUGCUAACUCUCCAAGGUCAACUGCGAAUGUUAUGAACAUACCUUCUCCUCAACAGCAGACCCAACAGCAGCAACAGCAACAGCAACAGCAACAGCAACAGCAGCAACUUCAGGUCCAGCAAAGGCAAAAAUUGAUGCAACUACCUCAGCAUCAGCAACUCCUUGCUCAACAACAGAUGAGGCAAUCUCCUAUGCAAGGAAUAGGACAGAUUCAUGGACAGCAUCAGAUGCAGUUUUCACAGCCAUUGGCACACCAGCAAUUUCAGGGAAGGCAGAUGUCUUCUGGUCACAUUCAACAUGGCAUUACUCAAAGCCAGCUUGGCCAAGGAAAUCAAAUGAAUCGUCACUUGAGCCAGUUUUCUGGUGCUGCUAACAGUAGUUUGUUUAAUGCUGCGCAGACUACCCCAAGUUCUCAAAUGAUUCCAAAUAUUUCAGCUACAAUGUCAUCGCAACCACUCAUGCCACGUGUGCAGUAUGGGAGCAAUCCGCAGCGAAGCCAUGCUCAAAUUCUGAGUGAUCAGAUGUUCAACAUGGGAGGAGGCAGCGCGGGUGGUAUGAUGCCUAUGCAACAGCAGCAGCAGCAGCAACAGCAGCUUGCCCCACAAGGUGCAUUUGGUAACAUGUCAACAAACGCACAGUCUCUCCAAUCUGGUAUGCUACCACUUCAGAACAUGCAACAGACUCACCCUAAUUUCGGCCAGCAAAGACAGCAAAACCAGCAAUAAUGACCACUGUGCGUUGGUAGCCCCUGCUGCAUGUAAUGCAAUCCAUUAUCUAUUUACUGUGUGGUAGUAGAGGAAGAUUAAUUUAGUACUGUUCUGUAUAUACUGCUGAAUUUUGGAUUGUGUUUACUAGGGUGGGUAAAUUAUCUGCCCCUACUUUGGCCCAAUGACUUGUUAUAAACUAGGCGUAGUUUGGAGUAGAAUGGGGGAGUUGGAGUUAUCAACUCUUCAAGUGGGACUACCACUUUUACUCUUUCA